AUGGGAACCAAGAUGGCUAUAAUCUCGAGGGAGUUGAUUAAACCUUCAUCUCCAACUCCCGAUGAAAAAAAGGUGCAUAAACUUUCUAUGCUAGAUCAGUUCCUCACUUCAUAUAGUUACACUCCUCUUUUUUUCUAUGCUAACAACGAACAGUUGCCGGUUGAUUCAAACACUAACCCUCUUGAUAAUCCUUCCAAAACGACCUUACAUCUAGAGGAGUCACUGUCUGAGUGUUUAACCAGAUUCUACCCUUUGGCUAGAAAGCUGAACCCGGACGAUGAAUAUCAAUCUAUCGAUUGUGAUGACUGCGGAGUCCUUUUUGUGGAAGCUAAAGUUGAUGAAGUUACCCUCUCAGAGGCAGUCCAAAGAGUACCCUUGGAUUGUUUUGGACAGUACUUGCCAUUUCAGACAUGCUCUAAGGAAUGUGACAAAGCAUCCUUAGGUACUAUUGAUGGUUAUUUGAACAAGAAGGAAAUGCUAUUUGGAGUCAAAAUCACUUGGUUCCAAUAUGGAGGCCAUGUCAUUGGGGUAUGCAUUUCUCACAGAGUCGCUGAUUUCGCGUCGUUGGUAACAUUCAUGAAUUCGUGGGCUGCCACACACCGUGGUGCGGGUGGUAGCGAACCAUUACUCGAUUUUGAUGAAAAGAUAACCGAAUUGAAAGAGUUAGCAGUAACUUCUUCAAUAGCACAAGUUAGGGAUCCCACUCGGGUGGAAGUCGCUGGCGUUUUCCUGUGGAAGCAAUUCAUCAAGUUAGAACGAGCUAAAAAUCAUCAAGCAAGUGCUACAGCAAGGACCUGGAUUGGUGUGAACUUAAGAAGCCGAAUAAGCUGCUUGGCCUCCUUAGCUAGUAGUGAUGGCGAGUUUCCUUUUGGGAACCUUGUAGCUCCUAUCACUGGUUCAUUCCCUUCCAUUGAGAAUCUUGAAGAAACAGAUCUUUUCGGCAAUCUAGUUCAGUUUACCAGUUGGUGCAGAUUUCUAAUUUAUGAAGUGGAUAUUGGUUGGGGCAAACCUGUUUCAGUUGGCCCUGCGGGUACCCUAUACAUGGAUGCCGUAAUCUUAACCACCACCAGAGAUGAGAAAGGUGUAGAAGCAUGGAUUGGCAUUUCCAAAGAUGAUUUGGCUUUGGUUUCUGAUGAGCUUCUUUCACUUGGUGCCACUAAUUUUUUCCAAAUCUUACACAUUGAAUGA